AUGGCUUCUGAAAGCGAUCAGCCUAAUAAUAAAAAGGUUCUCUUUCCAGAAAUUGGCGAUGUUGUGGACGCUGACGAUGAAGGCAAACCAACCGAGAUUGAGAGCUACUGUGUUAACUGCGAGCAAAAUGGGAUCACGCGAUUAUUAUUAACACGGAUUCCACAUUGGCGAGAUAUAGUCAUUAUGAGCUUUGAAUGUGAACAUUGCAGCUUUCACAACAAUGAAGUCCAAUUUGCCGGUAUAAUUGCAGAAAAAGGAUGCACAUACACUUGCGAAAUCUCAUCAUCCGAAGAUCUUGAUAGACAACUAGUCAGAUCCGAAAGCGCCUCCGUAAAAAUCCACGAAAUUGAUCUUGAACUUCCCUCUUCAACCACUCAACGCGGAUCAUUGACAACCGUCGAGGGUCUAAUCUCGGCUAUCAUUGAUGAUUUGUCGAGUGGGCAGCCGGUAAGGAGGUAUACCGAUGAAGAAACUUAUAAAAAGAUUGAAGCGAUAUUGGAGAGACUGAAAACGUUUCAUGAAAAUCGAGAAAAGUGUACUGUUUCUGUUAAUGAUCCUGCUGGUAAUAGCUAUAUUGAGAAUCUUUGCGCUCCUAAUCCUGAUCCAAAAUUAAAAGUUCGAUAUUAUAAUCGGACACGUGAAAUGAAUAUUGCACUGGGACUAAAUGUAGAUUCUUGCACUAAUGAUGAAGAGGACACAACAAAAAAGGAACAUCCUCAAAAUAAAACAAUAAAUGAUCUACAAACUAAUAAAAAAGAAGAGUUAGAUGACGACAAUGAAAUACCAGAAAUAAUGAUAUUUCCAGCAAAUUGCUCAAACUGCAAUACUCCUAGUGACACGAGAAUGCACAUGAUAGAUAUCCCACACUUCAAAGAAGUAGUAAUAAUGUCGACGGCAUGUGGUUACAAAUCUAACGAAGUAAAAGCAGGCGGUCCAAUAUCCCUGCAGGGAAAACGGAUAAAGCUAAAAAUGGAGGAUAUUGAAGACAUGUCGCGUGACAUUCUAAAAUCCGAGACAUGCAGUCUCGCCAUUCCAGAGAUUGACUUGGAACUAACAACAGGCACGCUGGGUGGUCGAUUCACGACUGUUGAAGGCUUGCUAAGACAAGUCUCUGACGAAUUACAAGGACGUGUGCCGUUUGGGAGUGGAGAUUCGGUUCAGGAGGAGCGCCAUAAAACUUUUGCUAUGUUUAUUCAAAAGUUGAAUAAGGUUAUUUCAGGGGAGUUGUUGCCGGUGCAUUUGAUUUUAGAUGAUCCUUUGGCGAAUUCUUAUUUGCAGAAUUUAUAUGCGCCAGAUUCUGACCCAAACAUGCAGAUGGAAUAUUAUGAUCGUACGUGGGAGCAAAAUGAAGCUCUUGGAUUAAACGACAUGAAUGUGGAAAAUUAUGAAGCAAACAAUGAAAAUGAUUCAGUUGGGCAAGAGAAAAAGUCCUAA